GCCGUGUUAGCGUCAUGGAGAUGCAUUCUUGUCGUCACGGGGGCGGGGCCCGCUCUGCGCCUGCGUGCCGAGGUCGGCUUCGGGGCCCCGAGAAGAGUGGAGAGCUUUGGGGACGGGCCCGAGAGACCUGCGGCUGCUUCCCUUGCUAGGCUGCGGGCGGAAUGCUGAGCCGGCCUGGAAGAAGCUCCCGCUGACGGCAGGGGGCUCUGCAGGGAUACACAGGGAUUGAAUAUGGGUGAGAAAAAGCCAGAGCCGCUGGACUUUGUGAAGGAUUUCCAGGAGUAUCUCACACAGCAGACGCAUCACGUCAACAUGAUAUCAGGCUCUGUGAGUGGAGAGAAGGAGGCAGACACCCUGCCGGGAGGGCCACAAAACCUCGAUGUGCUCACCGCUAACUCUCCGUGCCUUGCUCUACCGGCAGCUGGGACAGACAGUGAUCAGAACGGUUUGGACCACCCGUCAGUGGAGGUGUCGCUGGAUGAGAGCGCGGGGAUGCUGGUUGAUGGCUUUGAGCGGACAUAUGAUGGGAAACUAAAAUGCCGUUACUGUAACUAUGCCAGCAAAGGCACAGCGCGUCUCAUAGAACAUAUUCGCAUACACACAGGUGAAAAGCCACAUCGCUGCCACCUGUGUCCCUUUGCGUCUGCCUAUGAGCGCCAUCUAGAGGCUCACAUGCGCUCUCACACUGGGGAAAAGCCUUACAAGUGCGAGUUGUGUUCUUUCCGCUGCAGUGAUCGCAGCAACCUGUCCCACCACCGGCGCCGCAAGCACAAGAUGCUCCCAAUCAAAGGCACACGUCCAUCUCUCGGCAACAAGAAAAUGUGGGGGGUCCUUCAGAAGAAAGUCAGCAGCCUGGGGUACAGUCGCAGAAUGCUUAUCAACCUGAGUCCACCAUCCAUGGUGGUGCACAAGCCUGACUAUUUGAGUGACUUCUCUCAUGAGAUCCCCAGCAUCCACAGUGAAGCUUAUGAGGCUUUAGCUAAGACUUCUCAUAGGGACCCACAGGAACUCAUGGUGGACAACCCUUUAAAUCAGCUGUCUACGUUGGCUGGACAGCUUUCCAGCUUACCGCCGGACACUCAGACCCCCGCCUCUCCCGAUCCAGGCCCUUGCCCAGACGAGAAACCUUUUAUGAUCCAGCAGCCCCCACCACCAGCCUGCGCUUCUGCCGUCUCCACCAGUGUUCCUCGGAGCUCCUCACCAGCCAGCCCCGAGGCCCGGGCCACCCACAAUCACAGGAACUGUAGUCCCAUGGCCGGGCCAAGCAGCGAGCGUAGCGGGCGAACCAGCACCCCUAGCAUCAGCAACAGCCAGCCUAGUACACCUGCCCCUGCUCUCCCGGUCCAGGACCCUCAACUUCUCCAUCACUGCCAGCACUGUGACAUGUACUUUGCAGACAAUAUACUAUACACAAUCCACAUGGGUUGCCACGGUUUUGAAAAUCCUUUCCAAUGCAACAUAUGUGGCUGCAAGUGCAAAAACAAGUAUGACUUUGCUUGUCACUUUGCCCGAGGCCAGCACAGCCAAAACUGACUCCUAGUGGCCUUUUUUUUUUACCCCCUGACUAUUAUUUUAAUCUGCUCCUCUGGGGACGGUCUGUUUCUACAGUGCCUGUUAUUUGAGGAAAAUACGAAUAGGAUGUAAAUAUAUGUGUGUGUGUUUUAUGUCUUUUGUGAUGACAUAAUUUGAUUUUUGUCAGGAAGGCCAAGAUUCUAACAUCGCAGUAUUGAGAGGAACUAGAAUGAAAUAGUUCAAAAGGUGCAAGUGAAGAUUGCUGUAAGCAGACAGCACCUAUAAAAA